UAGAAAACCCACGAAACAACUCCUCUCUUCGGUUACUUUCCUAUUUAAAUCCCCUCAAACCCAAUGGUGCCACAGCAUCGAGAAACAACCAAAACAAAUUCCCCAAUUCUGUCGACUAUAUCCAUCACCUUCUGCAAUCCUAACUCAAACGACAAUGUCACUCAUUCCAAGCAUUUUCGGUGGCCGCCGGAGCAACGUCUUUGACCCAUUUUCAUUGGACAUUUGGGAUCCAUUUGAAGGCUUCCCAUUUUCAAAUUCGUUGGCCAAUGUCCCCUCAUCUGCUGUCGAAACUUCUGCUUUUGCCAACACUCGCAUUGAUUGGAAAGAAACCCCACAAGCCCACAUCUUCAAGGCGGAUCUUCCCGGAAUCAAGAAGGAAGAAGUGAAAGUAGAAGUGGAAGAAGGCAGAGUUUUGCAAAUCAGUGGAGAGAGGAGCAAAGAGCAGGAGGAGAAGAAUGAUAAAUGGCAUAGAGUUGAACGAAGCAGUGGAAAGUUUACGAGGAGAUUCAGGCUGCCGGAGAAUGCUAAAGUGGAGGAGGUGAAGGCUAAUAUGGAGAAUGGAGUUCUAACAGUGACAGUGCCUAAAGUGGAAGAGAAGAAGCCUGAGAUCAAAUCAAUUGAUAUCUCUGGCUAAACGUCUUAUAUUUCUUCCUGCAGUGUCUUCCCCUGUAGUAGGGAUGAGUUUGUAUGAAUAAUGAAUCCUCAAAAUCGGGCUUUUUAAUUUUGGUGUGUUCUGUGACCGUGAAGAGAUUGAAGAAAGUUGGUUUUAUGUCUGUGUAUAAUAUGUUACCAAGGUAAAUGGAUAUAAUGAAGUUGUGAGUUUUUAAGCCUAA